AUGUCGGAUUCACCUCCACCAUCGCCAUCCUCGCACGCGACGGCUCAUGCAUACGCAAGCAAUGGGCUUGAAAUGCUGCAGGCUGCCAGCGAUGCCGCCCAUGCUAUCAUCAACAGUCCCCAGGGCUUGCAGCAUGCCGCCCUAGCUGCCGCUGAGGUUGUCGGCCAUCAGCAACAGCAGCAUCAACCUAUGGAUCAAUCGCCACAAGAAGGCCUCCCUCACGCGUCCGAUUUGUCGACACAGCUUAUGCCUGGAAAUGGAGCUGUUCUGCGUGAUCCUACCAUCAACCCCAAGCUGACUCGCCUACGACGUGCAUGUGAUAUGUGCAGCAUGCGCAAGGUCAAGUGCGACGAUAGUAACAUUCCCUGCCGACCUUGUCGAGAGCUUGGUGUAGACUGUACCUUUAAUCGAGAGACGAAGCGUCGAGGACCACCCAACAAGCACGCCGAGGCUGCGAAAGCUGCUAAGCGUACACGGGCGGAUAUUCCAGCUGCAGCGGCGGCGGCAGCAGUGUUUGAGUCAUUGUCUCCUUCACCUCAGACAGCGGCUAAGACGCUGAUGAACAUCUCAACUGAGGGUGUUCUCGAUGCCGAGUCCAUUGCGCCUAUGCCAGUCUUGGAACUCCUCGUUGAUGACUUCUUCACCUAUAUUCAUCCACUUGCGCCCUUCCCCCAUGAGCCGACGUUCCGCCAGUCGUUUGCAAACCGCGAGGAUCGCACCAAGCCCGAGUUUCUUGGUCUACUCGCGAGUAUGAUCUGUUCCCUUGUUGCGUCCUUUCCCCGCAGUGCGAGAGAACACCUCAAGGCACAGCACAGCACCCACCUAUUUCCACGAGCUAUCGUCAUGGUUGAAAAAUGCCGUGAGAUUGCUUUGUUAACACGUGGGAGCAAAUGGCAGCUCAAACAACCCAAAACCCUUGAUGACGCAGCGACCAGCUAUUUCUUGGGACUAGCUUCGGGAUAUACUCACCAGUGGAACGCCUCUGGCCAGUUCAUGGCUGAGACCCUGACCCUCCUUCGCGAGCUGGGUUUCAAUCGGCCUAAGCAUCCUGGUGAUCUGCCAACCUUUGGUAACGACAACUGCUCACCAGAUCCUCUUCCAUUCAACCAUGUCAAGGAUCAGAUCGGAAAACGCAUCUUCUACUGCCUACUGCUCGGCAUUCGGUCCUUCGCGCAGCUUGGUGCAUCAUCUGCGGACAUGGUCAUUGCUCCAUCUACACCCAGUCUUCCCUACCCUGCUUAUCCCGAAAACGUUGACGACAUUUGCGUUCUUGCCAAUGAAGUCAUCCACCAACAAGACGGCAGUGUUACUCUGCUGACUGGAUUCCGCUUCGCGAUCGAUAUUUACACUACCAUGAACGGUAUUGUUAGUCUCGAACUCGCUUAUGGCAUGAGCACCCUGCCUUGGGCGGAUCAGCGAAUUCUUCUUCGCGAUGGUUUACUUGCAGCCAAGAGUAUCACAGAUAACCUACCACCCGAGCUUCAACUUGGCGACCACGGCGUCGAGGCCAACCCACUAGCCAGCUUCGACGAUUCUGGCAUGCAAUAUGCGCCUCCUGCUUGGCCUAACAGCCAGCCAGCCCAUGACCUGCGCAAUGUGAUCAAGAACCAACCCGCCCGACGUCGCCAUCUGCAGUAUGAGAUCCAAAAAGCCAACAUCUUUGUCUCACAGCUUGCCACUCGUUCUUAUUUCGUGGAAUUGUACUUCGACCUCCGCGAUGUUCACCUACAGGAGCAGCAGCAAGAUACCAACCCCAUCGAGGGCCAAUCAGAGGAAGAAAAGGCGGCCCAGGAUGCCGAUGAGAAGGAGAUUCAUGAUUUCAUGUCAGCAGAACGUGAAUUGAUUGUGCAGAACCUGCUCACAGUUCUGGGAUCUAUCUCGCAGCGAAACAUGGAACCCAACGGCGGAUCCCUCAUCAACAAAAUUCGCCAAGUAGCGUCGACACUCCUCAAUGACGCACCAGAGCGAAAGGGGCCUUUCGCAGUCAAAUCGGAAGAAGCAUUGUCACAGUUAAUCAACAUUCUAGUGAAGCUUGAGAAGACAGGUGCUGGCAGCGGAGGAGGCAUGGACGCACAGGAUCUAUCACAGAUGACAUCGCAGGAUGAGGAAGAGGAACUGCGACACUGGGCGGAUCUUCGCGAUUAUCAGCUACGAUUCGCAGCUAAUGGAGGUUUCGCCGGAAACCUAUAA